CGGGAGGACAAGUGGAAGGAGCGCCCGGGAACGGGGGGGCGGCCGCCGCGUACUUGUUUUGCCCGGGGUAAGUUGGCCGAUCCCUGCGGAGGCUUCGCUUGUAGAGGGCAGCGCUUGGCUCCCGGCUCCCUGUCGCCCCCAGCCUCCGGGGCAGUGGGGGCGCCUUUUUUUAUUUCAUUCUCCCCCCCUCCCCCUUUGGUUCGUGUUUUCUUUUUAUUAUUAUUAUUAUCAUGGGGUCUGUGGGGGAGCAGAAUUUCCAGUCCGGCGUUGCUCUUCUUCCUUGUCCAACGCUCAACGGACAACUAUAAUAUUUCUUCCCCGAGAUGCUGCAGUGAUUUUUAGUUAUAGGAGAUCAGGCGAACAAAAUCAUCCGAAUAACCCGAACCAUUUGUUAUCCUGUGAGAACAAACGCAGCCUAGCACAGAUGAUGGCAAAAAAUUCCAUGGAAGGGUCUAAAGAAGACCUGAGCAAAAUUUCGGAAGAGGAGAUGCUGAGAUGGAGCAAGGAAGAGCUGGUGAAAAGACUGAGGAAAGUGGAGAAUGAAAAGAUGAACUUAAUGGUGGAACACGGCAACUUGAUGAAAGACGUGAACCGGCGGCUGCAGCUCCACCUGCACGAGAUCCGCGGGCUGAAGGAGGUGAACCAGAAGUUGCAGGACGACAACCAGGAGCUGCGGGAGCUCUGCUGCUUCUUGGACGACGACCGGCAAAAAGGCAAGAAGCUGUCAAGGGAAUGGCAGCGCUUCGGGAGGCACACGGCCAGCGUGAUGUGGAAGGAGGUGGGCAUGUACCAGCAGAAGCUGAAGGACCUGGAGGCGAGGCAGGAGACCCUCCUGCGGGAGAACGUGGAGCUGAAGGAGAUGGUGCUGAUGCUGGACGAGGAGCGGAGCGGGGCCGGCUCGCGGAGCUCCAUCGAUAGUCAGGCCAGCCUGACCAACCUCAACGGCGGCUCGGCCACCAGGGACGUGGGGGACGGGAGCAGCACCUCCAGCACGGGCAGCGCGGGCAGCCCCGACCACCAUCACCACCACCUUCACCACCACAAGGCCGGCGACAGCAAGGCCGGGGCCAUGCGGAGGUCUAUGGAUGACCUGUCGGCUCCCCUCCACCACCGGAGCAUCCCCAACGGCCUCAAUGAUUCGUCUUCCAACUAUAUCAGGCAACUUGAAACAAAAGUGAAGCUGCUGGAGGAUGACAACAAGCUUCUUUCCCAGCAGUCCAGCACGGGGGACCUGCGGACUCUGAGGAAAGGAUUGUCCCCGUACCACUCUGAGUCACAGCUCUCGUCGCUGCCGCAGUACCAGGACGCCCUGCAAAACGGACCAGCUCGCAUGACAUCUGAUCUUGCAUCUUCUCCUGCAGUGGGGUAUGUCCCUGUGGGUCAGAAGCCAGAGGCUGUGGUGCAUGCUAUGAAGGUCCUUGAGGUCCAUGAAAAUUUGGACAGGCAAAUGCAAGACAACUAUGAAGAAGACCUAAGUGAAAAGGAGAAGGCAAUUGUUCGUGAAAUGUGCAAUGUUGUCUGGCGAAAGCUGGGUGAUGCUGCGAGCUCCAAACCCUCCAUCAGGCAACAUCUGUCAGGAAACCAGUUCAAGGGUCCCUUGUAGGAGCACUGUCCUGGCGACUGAAGUGAUGGAUUCUGUGAAGACUAAACAG